AUGAAUGAAACACAAGACAGCGACACGAACUUCGAAGUGGCCUGCUCUUAAUGUCAAACAACUCCUGACAAUUACGUCAAAUUGGAUUGUGAUCACAAGUUCUGUCUCGUAUGUUUAGCCUACAAUUAUUUGCAAUCUCAACAACAGAACCCAGAAUCUCAAGACACUGUGAAAGUAGCCAUCUGUUCAAAGUGCCAAUAUGAAACUCACCUUGAUCCAGACACUAUCGAGGCAAUUCAAUAUGUGAUCAAGGAAAUCAUCAUUCCACUAAUCGAAUAGAAUUAGGAGGAACACAAUGUGGAUAAUGAUUUCGAUCUAAAAUAAUCCGAAACUAUAAGAGAAUCCAAGGGCAACUUCACUGCUGAAUUAGCCUAUGAUGAUCUAUUUGAAUAAAAAAAAGAUAAAAAUGCAAACACUUUAUAAUUUCAAAAAGUGGACUAAACCAAGGAAACCUCUGAAGUUAAGGAUAUCAAGAAAAAUAAGGAAUCCCUCAUUGCCAAAACCGAUAUGACUUCUGCUUUGAAUGAAAGAGUGCAAUUAUAUUUGGAGAGAUUGGAUAAAAGUUUCAAAAAUAAGUUUGAAUCCAUCAGAGAUAUUCAAGAUUAGAAAUUCCAAUUCUAGUAAAAGUGCCAAUCUACUAGAGACGAGAUCAGUCAAGAAUUUCAGAAGUAAGUUAUUGCUUUGGAAUAAAAGAAGAACAGUCUUAUUAAUGAGGUUAAUGCGCUUGAAACUUAGUAAUUGUUAGAAAUCUAAAAACAAGAGAAUGAAUAUGAAUCAUAAAUUUAAUUGAUGGCUAAGUAUCAGGAAGAAUUAAGGAACUUAAAGGGAGUUCCUGAAGAUAUGAGCAAAUUCUUAAUUGAAAUUGAAAAAAUCAUGACUGCCCCAUCUCAAUCUCUGUAAAUAAAAUCCUCACUAUUGACAUCCCAAAGAUAGUUAAUUCGCAUUCAAUCUCUUACCUAAUCGACAGAAGAGAGAUUAACCUCAGAUUCCAAAAUGAUUCCUAUUUAGUAGAAAUUCAGUCCUAUUAAAAAUGACAGAACCAAUGAAAUUUGGAAUAAGUUGAAUGAAAGUGAUAAAAAGAGUAGACUUAAAGAAAGCUCAAUCUCGCAAUAAAGAUCAAAUCAAAAGAGUAGGUGGAAAGAAACGAUCUUAGAAAUCUUUGAUAAAAAAGAACAAAGCUUUGAACGAUAUUCUACUAAUAAUAAAUAUAAUCCAUUGAAUAGGCCCUAUAAUAUUCAUUAGGUUUUGAACAUGUAACAAUAGAGUUUUUAAAUUCAAAAAGAAAAUUUAUUAAAAAGGUGA